UACCAAUUUCUAGUAUCAAACAUAACCUCCGCUACUCAUUUAAAUACCUCGUUUCGCGAGUUCGCGCACGUGUUCGGAUGAUUUGAUUCUAUAAAUCAUUUCUAUUUAUUAGCAUUAUGGAUGCAUACGAUCUUUUCAAGAAACUCGCAGUCGGCGUGAAAUUCGAUACGAAACGCUUCCGACGAGAUGCGGAAAGAUUUCAGAUGACGAGAGCAAAUAAAAAUGACGUAAACGAUACGGUGGCGAAAAUAAAAGACGAAGUAUUAGAGCCCACGGAAGACAAUGCGAAAAGAAAACGUGAAGAUGAAAACGAAGAUAUUGAUGAAAUAACACUGCUGGAUGGACUAUCGGUGCCGAAAGACGGAAGUGUUCCGGCUAAGAAGCGUAAAAAGAUCGCGACUCCUGACAAACUGUUAAAACUGGAACAAGAGAAGAUAAACCAUCUGAGGAACAUGAAUCGUAUUUCAGUCACAGGCAGUCAUGUGCCUAAGUUACUAUUAGAAUUUAAUGAAUUAAAAACAAACUACCAAGUGUCAGAAAAUCUGUUGAAUAAUAUGAAAGACAGUGGCUAUGUGUAUCCAACGCCAAUACAGAUGCAAGCAAUGCCAAUUAUGUUGGAAAGCCGACAGAUAUUGGCUUGCGCUCCAACAGGAUCGGGGAAGACCGCAGCGUUUUUGUUGCCCAUCAUUCACAGCUUACGGGGACCGCAAAAGAAAGGUUUUCGCGCUGUCAUUUUAAGUCCCACGAGGGAGUUGGCCAAACAGACGUACAGGGAAUGCCUGAGGCUGAGCGACGGCUGUGACUUUAGAAUUCAUAUAAUCAGUAAAGCAAAUCAGGCUCUUACCAAAUACGGACCCUCAAGCUCGCAAAAGUUUGAUAUUUUAAUUACUACGCCAAAGCGAUUGGUCUUUCUUCUGAAUCAAGAUCCUCCAGCCAUUUCGUUAAAUAACGUCGAAUGGUUGAUUGUGGACGAAGCCGAUAAACUUUUCGAGGAAGGAAUACGCGGCUUUAGGGAGCAAUUAGAUGAGAUUACGAGGGCUUGCGUUAAUACAAAUUUACGUCGCGGUAUGUUCAGCGCGACAAACACUCCGGCGGUGUCGAAGUGGUGCCGUCGUAACAUGAAGGGUCUUAUAACAGUGACAGUUGGGCAAAGAAAUGCAGCUGCAGAUUUGGUAGAUCAGAAACUUCUCUUUGUUGGCAGCGAAAGGGGCAAAUUGGUGGAGUUUAGGAACAUUAUUCAGAAGGGCAUAUCGCCACCGGUCUUGGUAUUUGUGCAAAGCAAGGAGAGGGCUCAAGAACUUUUCAACGAGCUUAUUUACGACGGGAUUAACGUGGACGUUAUUCACGCCGAUAGAACAAUGACACAGCGGGAUAAUACCGUGCGUUGCUUCAGAGAGGGAAAGAUCUGGGUUUUGAUCUGCACAGAAUUAAUGGGCAGAGGUAUAGACUUCAAAGGCGUAAAUCUCGUUAUAAAUUACGACUUUCCACCAUCCGCCAUCUCUUACAUCCACAGAAUAGGUCGUACCGGUCGCGCCGGUCACAAGGGAAAGGCGAUUACAUUUUUCACUCAACAGGAUACAGUGAAUUUACGGAGUAUCGCGGCGGUUAUGCGAGCAUCCGGAUGCGACGUACCGAAUUACAUGCUGGCCAUGAAGAAGCACAGUAAGAAGGAACGACGUAAGCUCGAGCGCACGGCACCCACGCGUGAAAAGAUAUUAACCGUGCCUACGUAUAAACGAAGUAAACGGAAGUCACGCAUGGAAAAGACGUUGGAAGUGGAGAAGAGAACACAAGUGUAAGUAACGAUACUCAUACGUUUUCACGAUGUGAAACAAGUGUAAUAGGCUCUUUCUGUGAAAGAUUUUGUAUUUAAAAGGAUACACACAAAAGAUCUAUUUGUAGUAUAAAAGACUUGGCUAUCGACUGAAACUUUGUAAAUAAUUUACUUGUAAUAACACACUUACAUAUAAAAUUA